CCAAUCCGCACGAUUUGCCAGCCCUAGUAUAUCUCUCCCUCUUCUUGUGUUUGUGUUUUUGAAAUUUCUUGAUUUGGUUUGUCAUUUUUGCAUUGAUAAUUGAAAAUGAGAGUGAAACUAUACUCAAUAUUAAUUAAAUAUAUAGUGUCUUUGGUUCAUGAGAUUGAAUCUCACAACUCAAUCGUAGGUAGAUGGAUAAUCAUGUGAUAAUUACAUCGUUCUGACAAAACAAAGCGUGAACCUACAUUCAUCAGCAGGUGCUCUCGCCACACCUCGACGACAGCAACGUCUCGAUAUUGUUAAUCUCAGGCAGUCGUGUCAGCAAGCAGAAGACGCACUGUCGCAGGGGAUGGAGAAACUGCAGUUCAUCCUAGCACAGGUCAUUGCCGACGGCCUGCUGCGUGAAGGGAACUACCUACCUCAGAUUGGAGCUGCCAUGAACAAGCUCGAAGAUCUAGUCAGGUUCGUCGUUCAGGCUGACCAUCUCCGACAAGAGACGCUGCAGCAGAUCUCGCGCAUCCUCACCACCCGUCAAGCAGCCAGUGGCCUUCUAGCCCGCGGAGAGUACCUGCAAUGCCUUCGAGUUCUGAGCUCAUGCUGGUCGUCUCGCCCCCGUGAUGUCUGUGUCUAAGAUCUAAGGCUUUAGCACAAUUUUGAGGCGCUUUCCUAUGAUUGAGAAAUUUGUAGAUAUGAUCAGAUUAGCUAUCUGUGUAGAUGAAUUUGUCUAUUAGACUACUUCAUGUUUGAUUGGGGCUUUUCUAUAUUGUGUAAAACAAGCUAUCUUAGCAGUUACAACUUCAAUUUCCUA